AUGGAGGAAGGCGCCCAGAGCUUAGAUUCGGAUAGUGAUGAAACUGUGAUUGAGGGGUCGGUGACAGAGAGCGACUUGGAGGACGACGAGCUGCCCUGGAGAAGGUUAUUCUUUGAUCAAGACACAUCUCUUAGAUCUGAGUUCAGUGUUCAUCCUGGAAUAAGUGGAUUGUGCCAAGGCAUUCCUUCUCCUGAGAUUCAACUUGGGCACAAACUCAGUGAGGGUCUGCAAGAGCAAAUGAAUGAAAAUAAGAUGAUGACUGUUCUUAGUGCGGAUGCAGUAUUACAGCAACCUCAAGAUGAAACAGCACAAAAUCAAGCUGUGUCACAGACUAGAAAAAAUUUUCCAAUGUUCACUGUGUCAUUUCCGCAGCCUGUAMUUUCAUUGAAUCAUCAAAACAUUGAAGAGCCUGAAGCUGAAAAUACUGAAGUUCUGUCACACCUAGAAGAGGAACUAAGUGAAAACAGAGAUUCCCCUGAAAUUAGCCUUCUUGCAGGUACUGCUAUUACAGUAUCUGGUAUGCUUGCUGUAAAGGAGAAAUCAUUAACAGAGCAAGAGAAGAUCUUAGCAGUACCACAUGCAUUUUCUGAACCUGGGGAGGAAGUUUCAAUGACUAUGACUUCUAAAGAAACUAAGGAUGAAGAAAGCUCCCUUGAAACUUUUGUGUCUGCCUUAGAAAGAUUGCUAACAUCACCAGACAGCACCCAGGAGGAAAGACUGUUAGAAAUAAUGAAUGAUUUUGAUCCUGGAGAAUUGAUUAACUCCCCAAGUUCCAUAGAAAUACCUUUGAAUGCUUCAUCAGCUUAUAGCAGAGAUUUGCUAGAAAACACAAAGGAUGAUACAUUACCUGCAGAGUUACUGGCAGCCCUGAACACAUUGUCAGAAACCAAGCUGGGACCCAUCUGUCACAGAACAGAGGAAGGCAGCAAUCUUAGUGAUGAAAAUGGAUGUUUAGAAGUAGAGCCUGUUAUGUGCCAAACUGAUGAAGAUUGUACACAAAUAGCACAGACUGUCGAAGACCUAAGUUCAUUUGAGUUACCAACUUUGCCUCAUCAAAAUGUCCCCUCUUGUGAGCCACUAAAUAAUAAAGGGAAUUCAAAUUCUAUGGAAAAUGCCUCUGACCAGGAAACUCCAUGUAUAUUAAGAAGAUCAUCUAGACUAGAAAAACUGAAAGUACGCCGAGAUGCAAACAGUACAAAUGACAUAUGUAGGAUUACAGAAGAGAUUUUACCAAAAAUACCUAGCUGUGAGGAUCAAAUAAAUAAUAAAUCUUCAACUAACAAUUUCAGAAUGCAAGAUCCUGUUUUAAUGAUUGAAGGUAAAGGGAAGAGUAUCCAUUCAUCCAGACUCAAGAGUAAACAGAUCAGGAAAAAUAAACGACUUUCAAUAAAAAAUGAAAAAAUGAAGAUGAAUAAACUACGUCUUUCUAACAUAAACCGGAAAAACAUUUUUGGAGAGAACUUAUUGUAUAAGGCUGCUCUGCACAAUGAUGCUGAUCUCAUACAUCUUUGUAUUAAAAAAGGUGCAAAUGUUAAUCAGCCAAGUUAUGCUGGUUGGACAGCACUUCAUGAAGCUAGUUUAAAAGGAUUUUAUCGCACAGCAAGUGAACUAUUAAAAAGUGGAGCAGAUGUAAAUAUCAAAGGAAUGAACCAGAUCACUCCUCUACAUGAUGCUGUGAUAAAUGGACAUUAUAAGGUGGCAGAGUUACUUCUUUUAAAUGGAGCUGAUCCAUUAUUUAGAAGUACCAAUGGAAAGUGUGCUUUAGAAGAAGCCAAAGAUUCUUGUAUGAAGCGUCUCCUUGAAAGACAUGUUCCUAAACAUCAAAGAUGUCUUAUAUCAGCACGAAGGAAUAGCACUGACCCAGCAGAUUUGGAUGAUGUACAACAGCACAAGAAACCAAAAUUCAGUUCUGAAAAUCACAUUGGGUUUGUUUGUAAUGAAAAUUCUGACAAACAGAAACCAGAACAUGUAGAAGUCAAUAAAAGAAGCAAAGAGAAUUUAUUUUUAAAUGAAGAACAUAUAUAUGAACAUUACCAAAAAGAUACCAAACCCACAAAAUUUGGUAAUUCCAGGCAUAAAAAAUCAACUGUUGACCAAAUACACUCUACAGGACUCAGUAAGGUCAGUCUCCAUAACGACAAAGGAAUCAGCACAAAUGUGUCCAAGGGUAAAGGAAGAAGAAACACAACACAUAAAAGGACUCAUGUGGAUGAUGGAGACUGCCGUUCAGRACAGAAAAUAGCUGUCUCUGCUUCCAGGAGAAUAAACAGAGUGGCUAUUCCUCAGCAGCAUAUUCUCCAAACCCCUAAUGAUCUUCCAGAAGAAUCAUGUGAACCUUCCAGUCCUACUCUGUCAAGCCUGAAAAAUGCAUUAGAUAAUAAUAUCGAGACUUACUCCGUGUCCAAAGAAAUACAUACCCCCAGUCUGGAUUUGUCAAAUAGUCCAGAAAUGCAUUUCUUGGAGUUACAAUCCACUGGCCAACCUGAAACUAUUUCUUUCUCAGGACUUAGAGUAUGUAAAGAAAUCAAGUUACCACUUGUUACUGAAGAUCAGCAGCUUCAUGCUCACCAAGAACAACACUGCAGCCCUUAUAAAUUUCAUGAAUAUAUUAACUCAAAUAAAAAAAAAGAGUGCUUUAAUAAAUGGGAAAAUUCUUUCCUAACCUUUAUAAAGGAAAAUUUUGAUAACAAUAAUGAUUGCUACACUUCCGAGAAGACUGUAACAUCUGAAAAGGUGAUAUGUUCUAAAGAAUGUAAAAGCCACUGUAAUUGUGAGGAGAACUUAACAAAUAGAAAAGAAAUGGAUUUUCAACAACUUUUACUAUCUGAAGACCAUUUUUCACAGGAUAAGGCAUUAAACAGUCUAACCACACUUCAACAAGAGGAAGUUAUUCAUUUUUCUGAUUCAGAUAGUGUAGUCAUUUCUGAUAAACAUAUUGCAAACCAUGUACAAUGCAUGUAUGGAGCAUCUUUUGAUCACUCACAUGGCAAUCCUGAGCAAACUUCCAAGGCUUAUACAAGAACACUUUCAAUACAUGAAGUUUCAAAGGUGACUAGUCAUGUGGAGCUAGUAGAAAAGCCUCAGGAUAAUAGCCCCAGAGAACCAACUCCUUUAAUGAAUCAGACGGAAAAACAUAUUGUGGAAAGGGUGUGUAUAGAAAAGAAACAAGACACUAAAGGGAAUGACACUAAAAAAUGCCAAAUUACAAGUUCUUCAAACAAGUCUUUCCCCACAGUUGACCAUUCUCAAGGAGUACAAAUAACUAAAGUUGAAAAAAAGAGGCAAGACCUUACAGAGAGUGAGCCCAUGCAUAAUAUAGAUUUUCAUUCUACUGACAAUAUGAAUAAAGAAAUGAACAUCAUCUCACAAUCUAUUAAUCAAGUAGAAGAGAAGAAAAAUUCUCACAAAUCAGAAAUGAAGACAGCUGGGAUCAAUAAGAGGAAUGUCAGAGGGGAAAGCCGCCUUCAUUUGGCUGCCAGAAGAGGAAAUCUGUCCCUAGUGAAAGUUCUAAUAGAAUCAGGAGCUGAUGUGAAUCUAAAAGAUAAUGCAGGUUGGACACCACUUCAUGAGGCAUCUAAUGAAGGAUUUAAUGAUAUAAUUGUAGAGUUAUUAAAAGCUGGUGCUAAUGUUAAUUGUGAGAAUAUAGAUGGAAUUCUGCCCUUACAUGAUGCUGUUGCAAGCAAUCAUUUAAAGGCAGCUGAAAUACUACUACAACAUGGAGCAAACCCUAAUCAGAAAGAUCAAAAACAGAAGACUGCUUUGGAUGAAGCAGAUAAUGAUAAAAUGAAAGAGUUGCUAAAAUCUCAUGGUGCUAUUGAAGCCAAUAAUAGAGAUGAAAGUAAUGCUACAGUCACUGCAGAAAUUCCUGCUGUUCGGACAAAAAGACACAAACAGUGUUUUUGUGAUGUUGACAAAAAUGUUGAUCCAUCUUCCCUUUCACGCCAAGAAAAAACAAGAGAAAGUCUUCCUGUGCAUGAGACCAUCAGUGCCAUUCUGCAAGAUAUAGAAGAAAAACAGGAAAAUUUAUUGGUGUUUGAAAUAAGAAACUCUGAAGAUGCAGAACAAUACAUUGAAAAGAUGUUAGAGAUAAAAGAGAUUAUGGAUAACGUACUUGCCAAACAGAAAGCAGAAAGGGAUGAUCUGGCUAAAAAAUACAGGGUAUCCAUAGAGUCAUUUAAGCAUGGAGCCCUGAGAGAACAGCUGGCCAACUUGGCCACAAGACAGAAGAGCCUUUUAGUUGUGGCAAAGAAACAGAAAAAAAUAAGUCUGAAAAUUCAAAAUUAUAAAAAUGUCACAUCAUUGUCUGAUCCUAGUUUAAGGAAGUUGCCAUCCAGCUCACAUAUCUUCAGUGAAAAGGACAACAAAGAGCUUACCAGUCUGGAAAAUUCGGUGCAGCCUCAUUCAGGUUCACUUUCUCAUAUCAAUAUUGCUUGUAGAAGCAUUCAAGAAACACCAUUGUCUCUGGAAACAUGCCAUGACAGCCAUAAUACUAAUCUUUGUCUAGAUUCAGAGGCAGUAAGAAGGGAAGAAUUUUCUGGAGUUGAGAUGAAUUCUAAACAAAAUGUUAAUGAUUGUACCUUGGAUGGGUUAUUCAAAUCUCGAUACCCAGAUAGCAGUGAUAAUAAAUUGUCAUCCCAACCUGAUGCUUUCAUUGCUCAUGCAGAAUAUUCACAAAAAGAUAAUGAUCAUACAGAAACUACAGCCAAAGACUGUGAAUUCUAUAGUCCUUUUGCCAUAACUGGCACAUUAAAUGGUUCCAAACAUACAAGUUUACUUUCCCAAAAGGAUGCCCAUCCAUCAGCUGUUAUUUGGGACCAGGACCUUUCCCAGUAUGAUCCAAAAAGAGGAAACAGAAAAACAGCUUCCCAGCAACCACCUGGGGGGACAUCAGAAUCCUGGGCACACCAAGCCGUUGCUGUCUUGGGCACUGAUACUGUGCAUCAGACAAAACAAUAUCUUGAAAAAACAGCUUCUGCUGUUCCACAUAUAAAUAACAGUCAGGUCUCUUCUUCCUCUGGAUCUGGCCAUCAACAUACUAUUAAAAAGCCUUUAAACUACAGCACAACUCCUAAAAAGAAAUGUAUGCAGAUAAAAGAUUUGAUAUUAUUAGGAAGAAUGAAUCCAGGAAAUAACAUUCUGGAAUUUAAAACACAGGAGACUAUCCACAAAGCCAGUGUUUUAUUAAGUGGUAAAAUUAAGGUAGAAAAUGGUCAGAUUUAUCAAAAUCCAGUCACUUGGCUCAAGGAUCUUCUGGGAGGUGACAGUUACGUGACCUGGAAUUACGCCUGGAGUAAGGUAACGUAUCUUGGGAAGGAGCUUUUAAAGUAUGUUUCUGAGGAAGUACCUGUACCUCCAGAACCAAAUGUAGUACCUCAACAACAUCAGCCUUGUCUUCCAGAAGUACCUUGUUUAGAUGGCCCAGUAUAGAAACCAGCCAAAUUGGUAUUUAAGAAAAUAAAAUUUGGAUAAGGCACUUCCAGAGAGUCAGUGCAAAACAUCCCACAUCAUCUACAAAUCAAUGAAAUACUUUUAAUCAACGAUCAAGAAUUUCUCCCAUGCCAUAUAAUGGAUCAGCAUUGGAAAUUCUAUGUGGAAUGUGAGGAACUAACAUUCUAA